CACCCAUCUCCACCCCAGCCCUCUGUCCCCCACCAUCCAGCCGCAGCCACAGGUAGGAGAGGCCAGGAAAGCAAAGUGGGAAAGAAAGAGAAGAGCCGAGAAGAGAUGUUGUCAAGUGGUACUUCUGCUUCAACUCCAGCUCACCAUGAACCCUUCUUCUUCUACUACUGCUACCUGUUGCUUAUCAUCUCCAUCUCCAUCUUCCCUGCUGCGGCCACCGACCACAUUGUGGGAGCCAACAAAGGCUGGAACUCCGGCAUCAACUACACUCUCUGGGCCAACAACAACACCUUCUAUGUUGGCGACCUCAUCUCAUUCAGGUAUCAGAAGACGCAGUACAACGUGUUCGAAGUGAACCAAACAGGGUACGACAACUGCACCACGGAAGGAGCCACCGGCAACUGGAGCAGCGGAAAGGACUUCAUCCCCCUCAACAAACCCAAGCGCUACUUCUUCAUUUGCGGCAAUGGCGGUUGCUUCAGCGGCAUGAAGGUCUCCGUCCUCGUCCACCCUCUCCCUCCGCCGCCCUCCUCCGCCUCCCCCACAAAUCUCUCUUUCCCAUCGUCGGCUGCCGCGCCCCUUCUCCGCCACGGACUGGGAUCCUCAGCUUUUAAGAUCACUACUCUUCUUUUGAUCUGGGUAUGCUCCGGUUGGAUCUAGCUACGUUGCGUACCAAGGGAUGCGCCUAAUUGCUCAAUUAACUUGUUCGAUCGAAUCUAUUUUGAUUUUAAUUAUGGGUGUUUGAGAUUUGUUUGUGUCCACUGUUUUUGGGAUGCUUGCUUCGGUAAGCGUAAAAUUAAAGCUGGUGUCAAAUUAGGGAAUAGCUGGAGGAGCAUGUGGAUUUCCCUUCCUGUUGUCUGCAGGGGCAGGGGCAUAGGCGUGGCCUGCUCCAAGAUUUUUUGAACUUUUUUUUGCAUUUACUAUUUAGUGCCCUUCUCUCAAUAAUGGGAGGAGGGGUCCAUGCCAUGUGACCGUUGGGGCAGGGCAAGGUUGCGCCCAUUCGCCAUUAAUCAUUAUUUCUCUC